AUGAAUCCUGACUUAUCUAUUAAUUCUGAUCCUGAAAUAUCCAUCGUUAUAGAUUCUGAAAACACUGAUUAUUAUGAUCAUAAUGGAAAUGAAAUAUAUAAUGCAUUGCCCUCCUCAGAGUUAGAGACCAAUUUGACUUCAACUCUAACAAUCUUAACUAAUAGUACAAGAAAACCAUUACCCUUAUGGUUUUAUUUUGAUUUUAAAGUCAAAGAGCCUAAUAACCCAAUAUGCAAGAAAUGUAGUGCCAAAUUCUCAGAUAAAACUGGAAACUCAAGUUUAGAAAACUAUUUGAGUAACUAA